AUGCCCGUCCGAGACGAGAAUUUUCCUCAUUCCCACGAACUCGCCAACGAGCUCCGGGCGUACGUGUUCGGGGAAGGGGACGACGAGGGGGCGGCGGGCAAGAAGAGGAAGCGCCAGGAGCCGGUCGGAUUCGCGAAGCCCGCCUACCUUUCGGCGGCGCUCAGCGACUUCUUCGACCUGAAGCGCGACACGUUCAUGCCCCGCGCGGACGUCUUCAAGAUGCUCCACGACUACAUCAAGAACAACGGCCUGCAGGUUCAGGGCAACGGCAGGCUCCUCACGGUGGACCCCAAGCUGUCCGCCCUGCUCGGACUCCCCGACGGCAAAGUGACAUCCUUCUUCUCGCUGCAAAAGUACCUGGUCAAGCAUUACAGCAAGACGCCCUUCAGCGAGCAACCGACGACGGCCGGCGACGAGGAUUCCGCAUGA